CAAUCCAGGAAGAAAAAUAGCAUCGUGUACCGUUGGCUUUAAGGUUGAAUCAGGUUGAAUCCUGAAAGGCUCUUGUAAGCAAUUCAGUAGAAAGAAUAGUAUCGUCUGCCGUUGGCUUUAAAUCCUGAUUGGCUCUCGUAAGUAAUCCAGUAGGAAAAACAGUAUCGUGUAUACCGUUGGCUUUAAGCCAAAAUGCAGAGUUUUCGAUCAGGUGUCUCAAAGCUGUAUCCUGAUUGGCUCUCGUAAGUAAUCCAGUGGGAAAAAUAGUAUCGUGUGUGCCGUUGGCUUUACUGCCCAACCCUACUGAUAUUUCGUACUAGGAACCUAUCUCAUGAGAUAGAGGCCUUUCCUCUAUGAAUAACACGGCACGUGUUGUCCUUUUCUUAGACGUCUUCCUUCGAGCGCGAUAUACUUCCUUGAGUACGUAUUUACAUUCCGUUUGCCGUGUACGUGUAGAUAGCGAGGCACGAACUAUAUGACAAACAUUUUCAGCUUAUUGGUUUCACUCCGUGCGAUUACGCCCGUCCGAUCGUCAUUCGCGAUAAUACGCUCACUUAUACUUUUAACUACAUUGUUCUCAUUGUUGAUAAUAUUCAUUUCGCCACGUUUCAAACCGAAACAAUUAUGUGUUUGUUUCAAUUAUAAAACGCGUUCGCUCCGUCGCGUACAAACGCACGACGUGCGUGCGAACGGAAGAGUAAGUUUUUCGACGAAGCGCGAAGUAAUUUUCAUUGAAAAUACAUAUUUUAUAUUUAAACGCGUUCGGAAACAUAGGUCUGUUAAGCCGACGGCACUAUUUUUCCUACUGGAUAGCUUGCAAGAGCCGAUUAGGAUUUAGCCUUGAGUCACCUGUCUCUAGUAGCACAAUGCAUUGGCUAAACGUUGGCUAAACAUUGCAUCCUUAGUGAACACCGAGCAUCAGUUACAUUGCACUUGCGUUGCAAUUUCUCACUCAACGAUAUAAACACAAUAUAACAGAUGUGUUGUAUUAUACAUAUUUACAAUACAUUGUUGAGCGAGAAAUUGUAACAUAAAUGCAAUGUAUUGAUACUCGGUGUUUACCGAGUAUUGGCUUACAACAAGUCCAGUAGGAAAAGUAGUAACGUGUGCGGUUGGUUUCAGUUAUCUCUUCGUCUCGCAAUAUUUAAUUCAUCGAUUCUGAGGGAACAUAUCUGCCGAAGACGUCGCGCUGGAAUUUUUGUCCACGCGACAGUCGAUAAAGCGGGAAACCCCGCCGCGUAUUUUCUUACCGACCGCGGUUUACCGCGCUCGCUGUUGUUCGUGGCGCCCCUCGCGAGGAGACUCGAAACCGCCUGGACCAAGAACGGUUUCGCGCCAUUCGGCGGAUCUAACGACGUAUGUAGUUACGUACGCGCGAAGCCGUCGCGAUAAAUUUCCGGAUUUACGCGUAGUCGACCCGCCGCCUCGUCUAUUCACCGUGGAUUUGUAUCCGGAUUGGAACGAGGUACGCUAUUCCCUGGGGGGAUACGGGGAUUUCCUCCUCGCGCGCAGAUAAAUCGCGAGCUUCCCUCUACGAAACCCGGCACCUUCGGCAAAGCCAGUUUCUCCGAGUCCGCUCGAUCUCGGCUAUUCGAUCGUCACUCUCGACAGAAACCUUUUUCACUCUACCUUGCAAGAAAGGCGCGCGACGUCAGCGUAGACGAAUACGCAUAGAUUAUUUGGGAAAUGUCGCUUUCACAGGUUACGCGCGCAUAACUUGGCGGACUUGUGCCGUUCGUCACGGUAGGAUUUCGGCGAAAGCGCGACGGUGUCAUGGCGGCCUCGCGCCGAAGGUGGAAUCGUAAAGUUUCGACGAUAUGGUUACACGCGCAUAACUUGGCGAAAUUGUGCCGUUCGUCGUGGCGGGAUUUCGGCGAAAUCCCGAUGGCGUCGAGGCGUUCUCGCGCCAAAGGUGAAGUCGUAAAGCUCGACGCUUUUGACGACGCGGUUACACGCGUACGGCCUGGCGGAAUUGUGCCUUUCGUCGCGGCGGGAUUUCGGCGAAAUCCCGGUGACGUCACGGUGGUCUCGCGCCGAAGGUGGAAUCGUACAGUUUCGACGAUGCGAUUACACGCGCAUAACUUGGCGGAACUGUGCCGUUUGCUGCGGUGGGAUUUCGGCGAAAUCCCGGUGGCGUCAAGGCGGUCUCGCGCCGAAGGUGAACUCGUAAAGUUCUACACCUUUUACGAUACGGUUACACGCGUACGACCUGGCGGAAUCCUGCCGUUCGUCGUGGCGGGAUUUCGGCGAAAUCCUGCUCGCGUCACGGCGGUCUCGCGCCGACGGUGGAAUCGUACAGUUUCGACGAUGCGGUUACACGCGCAUAACUUGGCGAAAUUGUGCUGUUCGUCGUGGCGGGACUUCGGCGAAAUCCCGAUGGUGUCAGGGCGUUCUCGUACCGAAGAUGAAAUCGUAAAGUUCGACGCUUUUGACGACGCGGUUACACGCGUACGACCUGGCGGAAUCCUGCCGUUCGUCGAGGCGAGAUUUCGGCGAAAUCCCAGUGACGUCAUAGUCUCACGCCGAAGGUGGAAUCGUACAGUUUCGACGAUGCAGUUACACGCGCAUAACUUGGCGGAGUUGUGCCGGUCGUCGUGGCGGAAUUUCGGCAAAAUCCCGAUGGCGUCACGGCGGUGUCGAAGGUGAAAUCGUGAAGUAUCGACGAUGUGGUGAGUGGUUCAUUAAAAGUGUUAGAUAAUUGAGGCUAAUGUGAUAAAGUGUUCCUCUUUAUCUCCGAUUCAUAUCUUGAAGUUUGUUCACUUUAUGACAUUAUCUCGUAAUUACGUUUUUUGAAUGAAAGAAAAGUGUGAAAAGUGUCUCUCGCAGUGGUUUAUGUAAGGUUUAUAUUUUUCUUAAACGUAUAUAAAAACGUUUUCAGAUAUGACGACAAUAAUAUCAUAUAAUUAAUACAUUAAUUUUAAUCGACCCUAGUAACACGUGGCGGUUCAAAUUUAAAUCAAUAUCUAAAGAAAUUUUCAUUUUUCAUUUUGCCCCCGACAGUUUGUGGUUAAAGCACAUCUAAAAUAUAAAAAUUUGUAGCCAAUAUAAAUAUGAAAUUAUUGUAAAUGUAAGCAAUUUUGAAUAGUAGUAUCGCACCUAUUACUUACAUUACUCCUCAGACCUUUUUGAUGAUUCGAUCAAAUCCGUUACAAAUUCCAUGUCUUUCGUGUCUCGGAAUAUUGCGGAAUUUAAUUUAACGUGUUGCCCUUUGUACCGUUUUUGCACCCUCCUCUUUCCCGUCCACCCCGCACGAUGUAAACUCAUAUAAAAGUCAAUCUCUGGCAGUCGUUGUCUCAUAGCGAUCGACGGGCGCUAUGAUCUGCAUGCCUUUGAUCCGGCUGAAUGAUUUUUCGGCCCUCCGAUGCACCCGUACCAAGUUCUCUUACUUUAUCGGAUUCCUUUAAGUUCGUUUGAAAGUUUACCCGUAAUAAUCUUCGUCGUCUGCCUACAGACCUGUUUUGUAAGACGACGGCACUUUUUAAUCAGAUUUCGUAAUUCGCAAUAACUUUGCAUUAAAUCCUCUGCUGCCACGAUACUUUUAAUCACGUUGCAUUUUCAUCCCAAUUUCUUUUCACGUUCUCAUUAUUAUUUUAAAAAUACGUUCGCGUAUUUUCUAUCGCAUUUUAUAUUUUUAUCCGAUCUAACUUUGCGCUGCGCGUUUGACGGCCGCAGUCGCACCUUAUUUAUCGUACUCUGUAUAGCUCACGCGGAUCCCUAACUUCUAACUCGCUUGCGAAACGGACGACUUUUAGUUUUAAUCAUUUAGACGGAAAACACCCCGUCCGGAGGCGGGGGCGACGACAGGCCGAAAUCCUUUUCACCGUCGAUUAGAUUUGUCCUUAGUCGUGAUACGACGAACGGAGGAGGCGAAACGGGAAACGGCGCCGAAAGAGAUUUGAUAUCAGCAGCUCAUGGAAGGAAAAGGCGCGGGGCUGAUGUGCGAACAACAAUGCUAUAACUUAUUUACGCAACUCUGAUUGGCUUAAGACACGGCGUCCUACCCUCGUUUGAUUUACGAGCACGUCUCGUCCGUCUCGUUGCUAGUCUCCGGCUAGUCUCUUUGGGGAUUUAUUCCACUACGACGAUAAUGAAAUUUGGCCUCGAUAACCAAAUUACACUUUUACCCGCGAGGUAUACACGGUAUCUGAAAUUUCGCACAACUAUUCGGCGCUAUUCCUUAAUAAAAAUUCCACGCGACAGCUGACAAUGAGUUAAACGUUUCACAAUCUUCUUGAAUUACAUUUAAAAAAUGUGCGAAUAGAUGAGAAAAUGUUAAAUCUCUUUCUUUAACCGUAAAUAAAUUAUUCUUCACUUCCAAAGUUUCUGAAUAAAUCUCGCUUUUAGAAUUUCAACUUAGGACAAGUCCCAUUUAUGUACAAUACAUAUUUAGAGGUAUGAAAAAAAAUUGGUCGUGCCAGUUGAAUUUUUGCCGGAAAAAAUUUCGCUUCAAGUUGUUCUCGUAUAUAUGAUACACGAAAAGAAGCGUACGGUGAAACUGGGAUACCCAGUACGUAGGAAAUAUAGUUCGGGAUGAGGGACAAAAGGAAUGAUAAAUUAUAAUCAUGACUUUGUCAGAUUUCCCGGGAGAAGUUAGCCGUAAAAAGUGAUUUUGCCGUCCUAC